CGAAGAAAAAAAAGGUUUAAUCGCGUUUCUGUAAAAAAGAAAAAUAUUAAAAGCAAAAAGCAAUAGAUAAAAAAAGAAAGAAGAUAGAGAUAGUAUCGAUAGGUGGGAGGGUGUGCGCGCAUAAAAAACGGAAGAAAAGAGAUCGGCAGCCAUAUUUUUUUGACGUCGUUUCAUUCUAUGGCUCAUGGUGCCGUUUCUACUUGGAGUUUUUGAAGCUGCUGCUCGUCAGCGACCUCGACGAGCCAACGGAUUCGCGCCGCCGCCGUGUAGGAAUUUAAAGAGGACGGCCGAGGAAAGGAGUUAGUGUAAGAACUCGGAGAGAUAGAGACGGACGGAUAAAGAAAGAAAGAAAGAAAGAAAGAAAGAAAGAAAGAAAGAAAGAAAGAGAGAAAGAGAGAGAGAGAGAGAAAAGAGUAGGAGAGAUAACGAUAAGGUAUCGGACGCUGAUGAUACGGCGUGGCGGCCGAGAGUGUCGAGUGUGCGUGUAAACGGUGCUAGAAGAGCGCGAGAAUCGGCGGACGUCCUUUCGUCUUUUUGGAAGAAAAAAAAAAGAAAGCACGAAGAUCAAAGGUGGAGAAUAAAAUCACUACUACUACGUAUUAAGUUAUCUGCGAUUUUCUAACGUCUAACAAGGAGAACGAGACGGCAGGACAGUCGCGACAUUCUUGUGAGAACAACGACGAAGACGACAGAGAAGAGGCCUUCGAUCUUACGAAGAAUCUCAGCUCAUUCUUCGUGGUUCAUCAUUCCUCGUCAUUAUCAUCGUCAUCGUCUUCAUCAUCCACAUUGUCAUCGUCAUCAUCAUCUUUUCCCUCAUCUUCCUUCUCUUCUUUUACGUCGAUAGGCUACCCGUGAAAACGGAAACCUUUGGUAUAUCUCCCACAUCGUACACAGUCACGCGAUACCGCGUACAUCAGCUCCACGAGAUGGAGAAACGAGCUGCUUUUGUGCUGCUGGGAAUGCUAUAUUUAGCGGGCACCCUCGAGUCGGUCCAAGCAGUGAACUAUUCGGGACCGGCGAUCGUACACAAGGGUCAACCUUGGAGUAUCGAAUGCAGCGGCCUCCAGCCGGACGAUAACAUUAGGUGGACCAGAAACGGUCAGACUCUCGAGCCGGAGUUGGCGAGCGGUCAAUUGAUCGUCCGUUCGAAGGCCAAGACCGGAGGAAGCGAGCUAACAGCGAUUCAGGCCACGGAUUUCCACGAAGGCGACUACAAGUGCACGCCCGACAGCUCCGAAGCUUUUCAUCUAUCUCUAUAUUUCGACGUGAAGAUUCGAGUACUUACACAAAAGGAGACACCCCUUUCGUUGGAGUGCGCUAAUCGAAGCACUGGAGAUAAAGCAGCAUGGUAUAAGGAAAAAAUGCCGAUAUCGACGGCACUGGUUGGUAAAGAGGAUCUGAUCAAGAUAGACAACGAGACUGGCACCCUGGAAAUAUUGAAGAUCGACGAUAUCGUCGUUUAUGGAAAUUAUUCUUGCAAAGUAGGGAAUACCUCGACCGACUACAGGAUCGUACCGAAACCUACCGUUGUCUUACCCGAAUCGACCAGCGUCGUCGAAGGUGAAAAAUUGCUUUUAAUAUGUAACGGCAAACACAGUCCAGGUGUCAAGAUCAUAUGGACGUUUGGAAAUCAAAAUUACACCGCGAGCAAGGGUAGAGUAAAGAUUUCGCGCGACCAAGAGAGAGGAAUUUACGGUGCCGUAUUGACGGUAGAAAACAUUGAGAUGAACGAUCGCGGUAAUGUCUACUGCAGGGUGUCUUAUAAUUGGUCCGACCCGGUGGAGGGUCAUUCGGCGCAAGGUGCCACUUUACUUAGGGUCAAGGACAAACUCGCUGCACUCUGGCCUUUCCUUGGUAUCUGCGGUGAGGUCGUCGUACUUUGCGCCAUUAUUCUUGUUUACGAAAAGAAACGAAAUAAGGCCGAACUUGACGAGUCCGAUACCGAGCAGAGUCCCGACACUAAACCAACGCCUAACAAGGAUUCCGAUGUCAGGCAGAGAAAGUGAAGAGUCAGAGUUUAAGCGGCGGAAGAACGAGCGCGAUGCGUAUACAUAUAUACCAAGAGAAAAAGAAAAUAAGAUAAGGAAAACGAAACGUAGUAUUUCAUGGAGUGACAACUUAAAACCAGCCCGGAAUACUUAGCGCAUAUGGAUCUUCAUCGAAGAAG